GGCCGGCGAGACUCGUCAUUGGCAUCCACGUGACUGAUGAUUGUUUGUUGUUGCCCUGGCAACAGAAUACAAGUGCACAGGCUGCUGUCAGCUGGCUAGCUAGCUUGCUAACAUAACUAUGCUAGCAUAGCAGGGCAAAAUAGAACUGUUUGCAAACUGUGUUCUACUACCAUAAAGUUAUCUAAUGUUAUGAUGAUAGUUAGAUCAUUUUUAGCUGAUUGUAAUUUGCAUGUGACGUCUUUUUAGGUUGACUGUAAGCUAAUGUUAUCUAUUUCUCCUAGCCAAUGUUGGCUAACUUGGCUAUCAUGUUUCAAACAUGGGAGCAACAUAUAAAGUUAACGUUAGUCUCUCGUUCGGAAGUUUGUCUCCAAGAGGAAAGGCAAAGAACAAAACAACACCAGGAAAGGAAAUAGGUCAUGCAAACUGACCGUCGAAAGCUGUUGAGAGUGUGGACAUGACAAAACAAAAUAGCUACCCUUUCGUACUGAUUAGGGAUGAUGACAUGAAUUUGCAUGAUUUGAAGAACACAAAUUAGACAUGACUACUAGUCAGCAAGCAACAACAGCAGGGCUAUGUCAACAAGGGGAUGUACUGGUGGCAGCAGGCUGUGUUGUGAAAGCUGCAGCCUGCUACACAACUGCGUUUAAGACUCAUGCAAGCUCCACUGUGGCUCACCUGCGAGGUCUGGAUGGAUCCAGUAUAGCAAAAGUCAUUUCGGCUUUAGAGGCUUGGCUGGAUGGUGAGGAGGAUGUACAGAAAUCAAUGGAUGGACUCAACAAGGGCCUUGCUGCUGUGUUUCUGUCAACGCUCUGUCCAAACAACCUGUCCGCUUCACUCUUCAAAAUGGAGAGUAUUUUACAGAGGACAAACCGUGGCUCGGAGGAGAUUUUGGCUCGAUGCUCUGCCCUUCUUAACGGCAAAGGCCUACUUACCCCUACAGGUCCCAGGCGGUUGACUUUGGAGCUCACUCAGGCACUCGCCAGUUUCCUCUCUGAACCAGGGAGCCCAAGGGCUCUUCAGCUCUAUUUGAAAGCUUUCCAAAGACAUAAGUCAGAAUGUGUGAGACUCAUGAGGUCGAGGCAAGCCCAUCACCUUCCAAAAAUUCUCAAAGCAUUUUCUGAUCAGAUACAACACUGCCCAGCACUCUAUAGUAAAAGUCAGGCUGAAUGUAAAACAUUUGAUGCAGUGGACGAUAGUCCAAUGCAGGGUUCUGACAUCCUUGAGUUUUUAGUAGCUAUUACACCAGAUGACCCAAAAGUGCAAGAGCUGCAAGGUACAUUUUUGUUGUCCCUUGGUAUGUUUGAGGAAAGUGCAGAGACCUUCUCCCAUGCACUACAGCUGUAUGAAUUUCAAGGAGACAAAAAUAUCAACAUGGACGAGGCUGCAAAGCUGAAGCCAGCUGAGAAUAAGGCAAAUGUUUUGGUUGGUAGGGCAGCAGCCAAUUUCUCAGUCGGUGGACGGGCAAGUGAGGUUUGCCGCGAUCUUGGAGAGGCCUUCGCGAUACACCCAGCUACAGCCAGACUGCAGUUCCAGCAGUUGUUCUCAGACAACGGCACUGGCACGGCAGCCCGGAUCCAGCUCCGUCAGCAGGCAGAGAGAGGGCUGUCGGGCUACAGGGAAACGGUGCUGGCACGUCCUGACCUCCGCUCCACUAAAGGAGUGGAGCUGUUGGACCCUGUCAUUGCGCAGUUGCGGACGCUCUGCCACCUGGAGCCGGACGGAGGGGGCCGGGAGCUACGCGUCCGCCUGGCCGACUGCCUGCUCCUCAGCGGGGAGUUUAGAGAGGCCCUCUCCAUCAGCAGCCAGCUGGCUGCUGCCACUCCGUCCCAGCAGAGCUACCAAAACACCGUUCAGGUGCUUCGUGGCUACGCACGCGUGCUCUCCAACGACCACCAGGGAGCGCUGGAACACUUCCAGGCAGUGAUCGAGCACCAGGCGCCUCACCCCUCCAGCUGCGUCCGAGCCCUGUGCGGCAGGGGGCUUCUGCGCAUGAUUGCUGGGUCACACUACCUGACUGCGCUGGAUUACCUGACAGCGAGCGGGCUGCAGCCUCAGGAGACUGCAUUCACGGUGCGAUGCCUCAUUCCGUGGAACUAUCGCGGGCUGCUGUGCACUGUGCUGCUGGAGCAAGGCCGGGCCAUGCUGGAGGACAUCGGAGACAAAGGCUCAGGCCCUUCUUCACAGCAAGAGGGCAAGGGCCAGUCUACACAGGGGAAAGAUUCCCUCUCACUCUCCAAAGAUGGGAACCCAGGUGGAGUGCAUGCUCUGGCCCUGCUGCUGAUGGAGUUGCAGCCUGGCUCAGAGGCACCUCAGAUCCUCAUGGCGGAUGCCCUGUACCAGCUGGGUCGGGUGGAGGAGGCUUACCGCCUGCUGCUGUCUAUAGAGCACACGACCACUCGGUCCCCCAUUCUCGCCCGCCUUGCACUGCUACAGCUGCAUCGGGGCUUUCUUUAUGACGCUAACCAGCUGCUGAAAAAGCUGAUCCAGUGUGGCGACACUAGUUGUCUGCGUUCCCUGCUUGCAGUGGCCCAUCCGAAGGAUCGCAUUCUGAUGGAGAAACAUUGCCACACGGCUUCCAAGCGCACCCUGAAUGGCCAGAGAGAGGAGAGCACCAUGAGGGAGGCAGUGGCAUAUCUGUCCAUUGCCAUUAUGGCUUCAGGUGGUGCGGCUACUGAACCAUUGCUUGAAAGAGCCAAAUGCUAUGCUUUACUGGGCCAACGCAAGACCGCCAUCUUUGACUUCACUGCCAUCCUGAAAGAUCACCCUGAUCAUGUGCCAGCCCGCUGUGGGAGAGCAUUCACCUACCUCACCUUAAACCAACAGAAGGAAUGCAUUGGAGAUGUAGUGGCUGCACUGUGGGUGGACCCAGAGGCCGUCACACAGGAUAUUCUGUCCCUGAAAGACAAGGGACGGAAACUUAUCUGCGAGUGGCUGCUUCAGUGUUGCCGCAGAAACCUCUCUCAGCAGAGAGCAGCAGUUGAUCCGGUUCCCUGUUCAGAGGAGCCUUUUAAAGAGGCCUGUUUAGUCGGAGCAGCACUGCUGAAAAUAGAUGAUCGAGACCCUAGGUGGCAUCUGCUUAAUGUUGAUACCCUACUUGCCAAAGGUGACGUACAGGCAGCAGGUGCUCACCUGCAGCAGGUGUUUGGGCAGGAGCCCCGGGAGGCCAGCGCCCAGGCCAGGUGGGCGGUGGUGGAGGUGUGGGGGAAGAAUUUCAGGGGGGCUGCCCAGAGGCUUGUCAAGGUGGCAGAGAGAGAGCCCUCCACCCUAGACUUCCUGCUUCAACUCAUCUCCCCAACACACAGGAAACGCCUUGCACAAGCAGCGUCCCAGGAAGCGGGCAGGGUGUCUGAGCACGGGCAGUGGGAGUGCGCCCUGCCGCUGCUGACGGUGGCAGUGCGGGCCAUGGACGAGAUGAAGCCGCAGUACCUCCGCCAGCGGGCAGCGUGUCUUGCCCAGCUGGGCCUGCACGAGAGAGCUGUGGCUGACCUGGACAAGGUCAUCCAGGGUCACGAUGCUGCCGACUCCGGGGUGGUGGAGCACGCGCUGUGGGCGGAGGACCUGUGCCGGCGCGGGCGGAGCCUGCUGCUGUGCCCUCGAGAGCGCCUGGCUCUGGAGGACUUCUCCCGUGCGCUGGGGCUGCACCGCGGUCGGGCACUGGAAUGCGUGGAGGCCGGGCUAGGGAGGGUGAGGCUGGCCGGGCAUUUCCUCCACGCCGCCUCACAGUGCUACGCCGAGCAGCAGCUGAGCGAGGCCUGGACGCUGACGGAGUGUGGGCUGAAGGUGGAGGCGGGUCAUGCUGAGCUACGCAGGCUCAGGGCACGCAUCAAGCAUGAGGACUCAACCCCCUGCAUCGUCCAUUAGAGGCCAAACAAACCCACUUCACUUGAAUUCACGCUACUCUUACAUUCAGUAGGGAGGACACUUUGCAUAUAAAUAUGUUUUUUUUUUUUUGUUUAUGAGAAAUAGGGUUACAACGCAAUCAGGAGUUCUAUAAUCUAUAAAAUGUGGGAAUUAUUUGUGACAAAAGCAAUCAUGAUGUUUAUACCACUUUCCCAGAAGUGUACAUGAUUAUAUUUAUACCAUUCAUUAUUUAAAAUAUCUUCUGUCUUCCAUCAUGUAAUUUGUGAAUGCAAAUUAAAUUUAGUGUACACUAAAGUAUUAUUUUUUUUUAAAUGGAAUUUUGAUUAUUGGUUAUGAGCAGAUUAAGGUGAUUGUAAGUCAUCGAAUACAAAUACUAUGUCAGUCUUGUACAUUUCAUGGGAGUGGUCAAAGGGAUGAUGACAUACAACAUAAUGCUGUUUGGUAUAGUUUUGAUCUGUCGUAUUAAGUAUAGAUGAUAUUCCGGACAAACAAUCAGAUAAAGAAAGAUGAUGAUUUCAUUGUUGUUAGUAUACUUUCUCAUAAAUAAUGACUAUUUUGUCCACAAUUAUUAUUUUUUUUUUAUUACUAUGCAACCAAAGACAAAUGAAAAAUAUGCAUGUCAUUAAAUAAACUGGCUCCACACACUGACGAUGGCUUAGGCCGAAACGCGUCUUUGGAUAAACUGGUCAAAAUAAAUAAGCAAUGAGACAA